AUGCCUGGCUUAAAUUCACCCGUUCGGUACUUUGAUCGUACAAACAUCCCAAAGGAUGUCUGGGACGUUCUGCGGGCACAUGCUGCUCGCGCAAAUGUGAUCCUUCCGCAUGCCGAAAAGGUUUCCAGCCAUCCAGAGUUCUUACCCGAUUCCGAGCAGCUUUGGAUGGUCUACUCGGAGCCUGGAACUUCCAAAAUCCGGUUUAUACUAUCUUGCACAGAGGGACCAUUAGGCACAUACCCUAUUUUCAUUGUUCCCACAGCACCCAUCGUUGAAUUAAUCCCCGAGCUCCUCCAAAGCCCCAUGGAGGCGUUAUGCUACGCGCUUCUGAACGAGGCCAACGUCAGAAGGCAGAGGGUGUUUUCUGUAUUUUCUGUUCAACCAGUCGCCGAAGCUUUCGCCAGCGCAUGGGGCAAAAUUGCAGAGAUCGAUUGUAUCAAACAACCAUACUAUGAUGCAAUUUUUACGAUGUGUACUCAGUGUACCCUUGAAACGUCGGUCCUCGCUGUUGCUCCAUCAGAGGAAGAGGUCAUCGAGCUGCGUCUUGCUGUGCCACAGGAUGUCGACAAGAUUUCUUCACUCUGUCAAGAAUUUGCCAAUACUUCGCAUCCAUUCAUUCUCACUUCUGAGCAAGCCUCUAAGGAGGCUAGUCUCUUAAUUGAAAACGGGCAAGUCUGGGUAUACGAGAUUGAAGAUGCAGGUGGAGAAACCGAUAUCGCAAGCAUUGUUGCUGUGACACGGGAGUCAAACGCUGUUGCUGCUAUCACGAAGGUGUACACGCCACAGAAGUGGGGGCGCAAAGGCCGUGCCGAAAGGCUGGUUCGCCGUGUCUGCAGAGAGUUAUUGAAGACGCAUGAGCAAGUUGUAUUAUACGUUGGCGCCGACAAUCACGCGAAGAAGUUGUACAACCGAGUUGGCUUCCAGGGCCUUAGUGAAGGGUCUCCUCCAAUUGAUGGAGUCGAGAAGUGGCUUGAAAUUGGUUUUGAUAGAGCCGAAGUCGAACUUGGUCACUGGUAG